AAGGAGGAAGGGAAGGGAAGGGGGGGCGACAGGCGUCUUGGCGGCUCUCCUCCUGGGCUGGACCGGUGCAGGGACCGGGAGUGGGCGAUGGGGCUGAGCGCCUGACAGUCGGGGAAACCGCCAGCCAGCCGGCUGGGCUGCCUUGCCCUCUGGCCUCCGUGGCUCUCCGCGCAACCCAGCAGUGGCUCUGGGAACCCCCCCGCAAACGGGGAAGAGGAGGAAAGGGCAUCCCUGAGGGGGUUUGCCAGGCAGUGCCCGGGAGGCCCAGCCUGGGAAGGGCAGGGCAGCCGAGUGGCACCGAAGACUUGCCGGAGGAAAUUCACCGCGCCUGGCAGGGCGGCGUCUUCUCUUUCCCCCUCGCUGGCAAGCCAUGCACCAUCUCAGCCAGAUCCGGCAUUUCAUGCUGGAACUCGACUGUGGGCCAGGACCGGUGGCCGUGUACCGAGGAGGGGAGCUGCUCUCCGGCCGGGUGGUGCUGGAUGUGACCCGGGGGCUCCGGGUGAAGGCCCUGGCCAUCUACGCCUGGGGGCUGGCCACGGCUCACUGGCUGGAGGGCAAGACCGUCGGGAUGAGCACCGUCUACAGCGAUUACACGGCCCACGAAACCUACCUGCAGAGGUGCCAGCCCCUAAUCGGAGACAACGGAGACGUCACAGUCCUUCCUGCCGGGCGGCACGAAUUUGCAUUUACCUUCCAACUCCCAGAAUCCUUAGCAACCUCCUUUGAGGGCAAACACGGCAGCGUCCGAUACUGGGUGAAGGCCAAGUUGCACCGGCCCUGGUCGACGGUCAAAACUGUGAAGAAGGAGUUCACUGUGAUCGAACCCAUUGACAUCAACACUCCUACUUUACUGGCUCCUCAGGCCGGGGCUAAAGAGAAACUGGCGCGGGCGUGGUACUGCAGCCGAGGGCAGGUCUCCGUCUCUGCCAAGAUCGAUCGGAAAGGCUACACCCCAGGCGAGGUCAUCCCCAUCUUCGCCGAAAUCGACAACUGCACCUCCCGGACCGUGGUCCCCAAGGCGGCCAUCAUCCAGGUGCAGACCUUCACCGCCCGGGGCGCCAAGAAGCAGAAGAAGUGUGUGGUGGCCAGCAUUGUGGGCGACUCCAUAGCAGCCCACAAGAGAGAGGUGUGGCAUGGCCGGGCGCUCAAGAUCCCACCAGUGGGGCCCUCCAUCCUCGAGUGUCACAUCCUCCGCGUGGAGUACGUGCUCAAGAUCUGCGUAGACAUCCCAGGGACAUCUAAGCUGUUGCUCGAGCUGCCACUGGUAAUUGGAACCAUCCCUCUGCACCCCUUUGGUAGCCGCACAUCCAGCGUCAGCAGUCAGUACAGCGUCAAUCUGGAUUGGUUGCGGACUGGGAUCACCGAGCAACUGGAGGCCCCUCCAGAGUACUCCUCGGUUGUAUCUGGCAAUGAAUCUCUCGAGAGCCCACCUUUGCCCUGCCCGAACAUCCCGCCCAACCUUCUGGAAGGACCUUUCUUUGCCUACAUCCAGGAGUUUCGGUUACGGCCUCCACCCCUCUACUCGGAGGUGGACCCCAACCCUCCCUCCGAGAACAGCAUUCGCCCUCGUUGCAUGACCUGCUGAAGGAAGACGGCUGGACUCGGAAUCAAGUGUUAAGAACUGUAACUCUCUUGGCGAGCCGUGGAAGCAUGGCCGCGGCGUGGGGAGCAAGCCUGUCGCCUCGAAGCAGCAGUAUGGGGGACCCCUAGCCGCCUAACGGGGGGGACUGGCCCCCAAUCCGGCCGGCUUUGGCGAGGAAGGGAUGACGGCGAGGUCUUCCGUGACGACCACGAGCGGAGCAGUCGCCACCAAAGCCUUGUCCACGGAGGGUGUCCCUCCCAGGCUGGCCUAGCCUUUCCCCCAUGGGAGGAGAGGACUCAGCGCAGCCCUCUGUGAUUCCAGGCGGAGAAGGAAGUCAGACAAGCUCCAUCCGGGGAAAUCUUUCUGCCUUGUGACUCAGCGAUGCUAUCGGCACACUUGACAUUUCCAAGCUGCCUUCUUGCAUUUCUUUCUCUUCAGGGACUGGUUUAACCUGCAAGCAUCCCUGGGGGCAGGGGGGAUGAUGAUGUCUGGGCGGGUGGAGCUUCCUGGGAAAAGGCUCCCCUUGAAUCCAAAAGGACCCCGUGGGAUCAGGUUGUGUGGAAAGGGGGAGAGUGUGCAUCCGGUUUUUGCAAUCGGUCAUCACGAUGGGAAGAAGAGAGGCAGUCAACGGCCAGGGUGGCGGUGUUUCACGCCAAAGGCCAACAGUAGAGAAACAAACCUUGGUUUGCAAGCUACUGGGGAGGGAGAAAACUUGUGGGAUGAUGACCGGAUGGCUUUUAAGACCCAAUUGCAUUGCCUUGGACAAGGAAUGAUCUGUAGUUUAGCCCAGGACCUCAUCAUUUUGUUGUUGUUGUUUGCCACAACCGGCGGUGCUCAACUGGAUGGGAAUCGCAAAAGGGAAGGGAAGAUGCUAUUUGGAUCGGAAGUUCUUGGGAGUUGGCGUCCCGCUUUUAUAGGAUGAUGUAAAUCAUUCCCAAUACUAAGUAUGGGGGGGGGGCGGAAAGAGGUGAAAGAGGGACUGUACAUUCCAUGAACUUCAAGUGUUUUGUUUUUAAAAAACCCAAAUCCUAAACUUUCCGAAGUCCAAGGAUUUGAAGAUUCCACCCUGUCCCAUUUCUGUGCGCCUUGGGUUUCGUACUUCAUUUCUGAUAUGCUCUGAUGUGAUGCAAACAUGUGGGGUUUUUUCUAAAUCAAUGUACAGUAUUUCUAGGUUUCUACUGUUUUUGCUUUUUGCACUGGUUGGAAACGAAGUUGUUUGUGUGUGUGUGUGUGUGCAAGAGUUUAUAUUAAACUUAUUGAACUCA